CUCUUAUAAGGGUGGCUCGUGUCGUUCCCUAAAGAAUCGGUAUCUGCCAAGUCGGGGGACAACGUAUUCGAGCGCAUAAUUUAUAUCGCAUAUACCCAACUCAGCAACAUAAUUUCGAGAUGCCCCGUCUCUCUUCACUCCUCGCACUCGCUGCCGUCCCGCUCGUCCUCGCGCACGGCAACCACCAAACCGCAGAUCUCACCGCCGAGGAGAUCGCCAACAAGGACGCCUGGUUCUCCAAAUAUGGCAAGACCGGUGACCUCUCUUUCACCGGUGUCACCUCGUUCGCGCACUUGCCCCAUGUAAGGUGCCUGGAUGAGCCGGGUCAAGAGCUCGAUGUGGCCAUCAUCGGGAUGCCGUUCGAUUCGGCAGUCAGUUUCAGGCCGGGUGCGAGGUUUGGGCCGUUUGGAAUUAGGAGUGGUUCCCGUCGACAGACCAAGAUCCGCGGCUACUCCAGCGUGACAGGCAUCAACCCAUACCAAUCCGGCUACUCUGUCAUCGACUGCGGGGACGUGCCCAUCUCCCCCUUCGACCCCUCCAUCGCCAUCCCUCAAGUAGCGGACGCUUAUGCGUCGUUGUUGUCGAGAAAGGUACCCAACGCCACGGCCUUCGAAGGGUUAGGGUUCGCAAAGGGGUUGGAUGGGGAGCUGCAUCCGAGGGUCAUCAGUCUGGGUGGAGAUCAUACCAUCGUCCUCCCGAUCCUCGAAUCCCUGCACUCCGUGUACGGCCCCAUCUCCGUCAUCCACUUUGACGCACACAUCGAUACCUGGAACCCGAAACGGUACAUGGGAUCCCUCUCCCCUCAGGCGGAUAUCAACCACGGGACGUUCUUCUGGCAUGCUUAUGAAAAGGGGUUCAUCAAGCCCGGGUCCAACAUACACGCUGGGAUCAGGACGAGGUUUUCCGGUCCGGAGGACUUGCAGGACGACGUGACGGCCGGGUUCGACCUUAUUCACACAUACGACCUGGACGACAUGGGCUUGGAGGGGAUCACCAGGAAGAUCAAGUCUAGGGUCGGGAACGGACCGGUCUACAUCUCUUUGGAUAUCGAUGUGGCCGAUCCUAGCGCUGCGCCGGCGACGGGAACGCCUGAAUCGGGUGGUUGGUCGUCGAGGGAGUUGAGGAGGAUCGUACAAUCGAUGAAGGGGCUCAACAUCGUCGGAAUGGAUAUCGUCGAGGUCGCUCCUGCCUACGAUACUAACGCUGAAUUGACGAGCAUCCUGGCUGCCGACCUGGUCUACGACUUCCUCAACGUUCUCGCCGGCGGUGUCGAUGGACGACAGAUCCAGGAGAAGACGGCUGUUCAUGAGGAGCUUUAAGGGAGAUGAUUAAUGGGGAAGAGCGGGGUUGAGGGUGUCAUAGGUGUCGUCAGACGAUCCUUUUAGCUAUCGGAGUAAACGUUCCAAAAGGAAGGAGCACAGGCAGAAUGUAGUCCUGGCUAGAUGUCACGAAAGAACGCAUUGUGCUUCCCUCGAUGCCCAUGCUGACGAGCGAUGUAUACGCCAAUCAGGGGAUGGAUAUGCCUGGGAUCCAAUGAGCGAGUGAUCAGGGCUCAGAUGGCUAUGUUGUUUGUUCUUCAUUAUACCCCAUACAUGUUUAACCUUUGUACGUAGCCCUUCAGGGAUGUAAGG